AUGCAAGUACCUACCAAGGACGAAAUUCUGGAGCGAUUGUCUAGCAUUGAACAUGCUCUGGUCGAGGCAUUCAACGAAAAUACCAACUCCUCCUUCACCGACUUGAAUUCCCAAUUCCAACAAGUAGCUAAUAUCAUUAGCUCCUCGAUCCAAGCACCUAACAAGCCCUAUUCGACAUCUCUCUACGUCAAAGCCCGGGAGCUUUCCUUAAGGAUCUCUUCUUCGCUUUCGGCCUUGCUCGAGAUCGCCUCAUCCGGAACGAAAUUUCGUGGCGUCUUGCAAACUGGGUUUGUGAGCCUUCUUCCCUCUGUGCCCAGCACGCAUUUGUCCACAGAAGCAUCUAUCGAGUCUACGUCGCAAUCCGGUGGCGAGUUUGCCUCCCUUCGAAGGUGGUUUUUGGAUCAUAUCGACAAUCCAUAUCCUGAUCAGAAGGAGAAGCAGCAGCUACAUCGCGAAUUGGGCAUUCCCGUUGCCAGUAUCACCCAGUACUUUACGAACGCCCGUCGGAGGUCUGGAUGGGCCGACUUCGUCAGGUCCUAUGGAGGUGGAUCCUCAUCGAGCGCUGCAGCCCUUAUCAGGUCGAUCGUGCAAGUCGAGCAAGACACGACAUCAGACAUCCCAGACAUUCCGCAAGGUGCUCAAUCGGCACUAGAAAAGAUUCGCGAAUACGUGAGCGCUGGCUUGGAGCCUGAGAUUCGUGAUGGAAUGCGAGAGGCGAUGGAGGCGGAGUCUCGCAGGAUCCACGAGAUGCACGUGCAAGCGAUCUCACAAGGCCUGGUGAUCGAGGAUGGCGAACUUCGCAAGCCCAAGAAAGCACGGUUGAACGGCGCGCAAACUCACCAGCGUUCCAUCGAUGAACGCAGGGACGACUUUCAAUGCCCCCAUGGAUGUUCGCUGCGCAGGACACAGUCUCCCCUCCCGUCAACGGUCGAGUCCGAUGUUUCACCCCUUGCCUCAACGUCAUCUCAAAGAACAAAUGAAGAGCUUCGUGAACACAUUGAGACAAGUGAUACACAUGGAGGCACUGCAAGAAAACGCCGUCGUGAAGAGUUCGAGGAUUCAGAACAUAUGGCGAGUACAAGCACAAGAGCCAAUAUCAGACGGAAGAUGCCCCUUCCACCACCACUGGCUGCGAUGGCAUCCCUAGAGGUUGCGCGACGACCUGAAAGAUCUAUUUCGGCACUCAUCACUCCAAACUCUGAUUCUACCGUGGCGGACGAGGUGCCCGAUGACUCCUCAAGGAACGCGAGCAACAGCCCCACGAGCACAUCCCCCUCUUCAUCAAGUUCUGAGAAUCCAACAACCCCCCCUCCCAGCUCGUCGACUCUCGCAUCAGACUCGAAUACCGCCGCUCGACCAAUAACCAGGUUAUCAAUCGCGAGCCUCAUCUCUCCCCCUUCCUCGCCCGACCAAGCCUCUUUCCACAAACCAACCCAGUCAGGCACUGGUCCCGAAGUCCCCACUGCGCAGUUCGGAUGGCGGUUCGAGCCCAGUCGCCUGAGAUCAGCAGACGACCGCCCAAUCCCCAUCCCCAUCCCAAAGCCACUUCCUCUGAACACCACCGCUGAAGAGCCAGACGCUCCUGUCGUGUCUCGCCCUACUUGGUCACUCAAGCCGGCCGUAUCGAGCACACCGAAGCCUAAGCGUCGUGCACCACAGAAUCAAACCAAUGUCAGAGGCAGCACGCAGAGGUCUGCUGGACAGUCUGUUUGA